AAAGGUUAUGUUAAAAGUUUGGCGUAAGUGUAAACAAUUUGAUUUAAACACAAAUAAGUAGUCAAUGGAAUAGGUCGUGACAUCACAUAAAAUGUGGCAUUAUUUAUUAUUUGUGAGUUUGUUCGCUUUUGCAAAUGCUGUUCCAGUUCCUUUUAUAAUUAAAUGCAAUGCAAGAGACGUGAAAUGCCUGACGAAUACUACUAACGUAGCUAUUCCAAUAUUUGCUGCGGGAAUCCCUGAGUACGGAGUGGAAACACUGGACCCACUAUUCUUCGAGACCAUAGACUCAUCAAGUCUGAACAUUAAACUGAUAAUGUAUAACACCACUGUCAAAGGUCUUAGAAAUUGUAAAGCGAGGACGGUACAGCGCGACGUCGUUAAUUCAAAAUUAUUCAUCAAAAUUGAAUGUAAUGUAACUUUAAAUGGCCUUUAUGUAAUGUCAGGUCGACUGCUGCUAAUACCAAUUGAAGGCAAAGGAAAGAAUCACGCGGAUAUUAAUAGAUUUGUCACUAGCUUUAAUGUAACCCUGAAAGAUGUACAAGGGAAAGACGGGAAGAAACACUGGUCUAUCAAGGGUUGGUCGUACACCUAUGAGCUGGAGGACCAGUCGCAUGUCCGUUUAGAAAACUUAUUCGGUGGAAAUGAGGUUUUAGCCAAAGCAGCUGAGAUUGUCGUGGCAGCCAAUGGGAAUGGAAUCAUCCGGGAAAUCGGAUCACCAGUGAUCAACACACUCAUUGUUAAACUUGCAGAUGCAAUUCAAACCUUUUUCCAUGCUGUUCCAUUGGAAGAUUUAAUCCUGCAAUAGACUUGAAAUAAAUAUAUUAA